AUGGCAGCUUCCAACUCAACCAUGCCUCACCCCUCCACCUUCAUCCUCCUCGGCAUCCCGGGGCUGGAGGCGGCGCACGUCUGGAUCUCCAUCCCCUUCUGCUCCGUCUAUAUUCUGUCCCUCCUGGGGAACAGCCUCCUCCUGGCUGUUAUCAAGAGUGAGCCGAGCCUCCACGAGCCCAUGUACCUUUUCCUUUCCAUGCUGGCGCUCACCGACCAGGUCGUCUCCACCACCACCCUGCCCAAAACCCUCUGCAUAUUCCGGUUCAGGGACCGGGCUAUUCACACCAACGCUUGCCUGGCCCAGAUGUACCUCCUUCACUCACUGUCAACCAUGGAGUCCGGGUUUAUCCUGGCCAUGGCCUUUGAUCGCUGCGCCGCUAUCUGUAACCCGCUGCGACACUCGGCCGUCCUGACCAGUCGGGCCAUAGCCAAGAUAGGGCUCGGUGUUGUGAUGAGGGGAGUCCUGUUACUGCGUCCUCACCCAUUCCUGCUGCAGCGGCUCCCAUACUGCAGGACCAAUGUCAUUUCUCACACCUAUUGUGAGUUCAUGGCACUGGUGAAACUGGCCUGUGUGGACACGACAGUCAUGAGAGCCUAUAGUCUGAUUGUGGCAUUUGUAACAGCGAAGUUAGAUUUUAUCCUUGUUGUCCUGUCCUACAUCCUGAUCCUCCGGACCAUCUUCAAGCGCCCCUCCAAAGAGGCGCGUCCCACAUCCCUAGGCACCUGUAGCUCCCACAUCUGUGUCAUCCUAGGGUUUUAUAUUCCAGCAUUUUUCUUCAUUCUCAUCCAUCGUUUCGGUCACAGCAUGGCUCCUCUUGUUCACAUUAUUGUAGCCAACAUAUAUCUGCUGGUUCCACCCAUGAUGAACCCCAUCAUCUAUGGGGUCAGAACUAAAAAUAUCCAUGAAAGGGUCCUCAGAGUCUUCUCUAAUAGGGGCUUUCAAGCUAUUUCAUAG